GGCACUCUGCUCAGCCCAGAGUAGCAGCUGCACAGAAAAAAAGACUUUAAAUCAACUCGGAGAAGAAGAAGAAGAGGGAGGGAGGGAGAGAGAGAGAGAGAGAGAGAGAGAGGGGCAGAAAACGCCCUGGAAACUUUGUUGAUCAAAUAAGAAAAGAGUGACAGAAUCCUCACAGACUGCGAAGUUGUGACUGGAAGCAGUGCUCUUUCUUGGGCUGCGUAAAAGGACAGAGGACACGUUUUCAAGGAUGCUCAAGCUGGUGUGAGGCUUCUCGGGCGCACAGACUGCGCACAGAAGUCAAAAAUAAAAGAACCACAGCAUCAGACUGAAGCCCUUGGCUUUGCUUGAGCAAUCCGAGCAGGAAAACCAAGAUUGAGUUUCCAUCACACACUAGUUUAAAUCGAGGGGAAGAAAAUAAAGAUGGCUGAAGAGGAGGAAACCAGGGAGGUGCUCUUUCCAGACUGGGAGGGUCCUGACAAAACUGGCUUGACUAUUGAACAGACAAGUGAAGGAGAGAUUUUUGUCAAGGAGGUCAAAGGAGAGUCACCGGCAGCACGGUCUGGAAAAGUAUAUGAAGGUGACCAGAUUGUAGGCGCCACUGUCUACUUUGAUAACAUGAGCUCAGAAGAAACAGCUGAGCUACUGAAGACACUGAAUCGCCACAAAGUUGGACUGAAACUGCAAAACAGAGACAAAUCACCUUGCUGCUCACCUUUGAGCACACCAUGCCGUUCACCAAUGGGCACGCUGACAUGGGAAGGGAAGACCCGCUUUGGAGGUUCCAGUCCAGACAUUAUUCUUGGUGGAGAUGAUGAGGAAUAUAAGAGAAUAUAUACAAAAAAAAUCAAACCAAGGCUGAAGUCUGAAGAUCUUGCAGAGGGAGUGGAUGUUCGCACAGAACGUCACAGCAGCACAAGCAGUGAUGGCAGCACAAUUACCACCAUCACCCGUCGCAUUACUACCUACACUGUGGAUAUGCCUAGUGGCAUAGGUGACCAACUUGAACUUGCAGGCCCAAAUCUCAAGGAGCAAAGGCACGAAUCUGGUGAUGGCUCCCCUCAUAUCAGAAUUUCUCAUGGCAGUCCUUCAGGUAAAGUGGAAACAGAAGGUGUUUUUGAGUCAAGUGAUGUCUCUUACACUGGGCCAAAAGUUGGCUCAAUAGAGACACGCUUGGGCAGUGGGGGAGUUCAGACCACAACAAUUACAAGAGAUGUAGAUAGAGACAGAGGUACAGGACUCAGAUUUAAAGGGCCUAACUUUGGAGUAACAGAGGGUAAAGGCCAGAAAGUCUUUGAGAUCUCAAGAGGAAAUGGAGAGAAAGGUGAUGGAAGUAUUCAGGUGUUAGAAACAAGUAUGACACUAAGCAACAGCUCAAACAGUGGUAGUAGGCAGGUUGUAAUAGGCGGUAGGGGAGUUGCAGGGUCAGCUGAUGAAAACGGAGGAUCAGUUAGUCUGUCUUUGCCAGGACAAAGCAUGCAGAUGCAAGGAGAAGGUGUUGACAAAAGUUUAGGUGAAAGGACAAAAGUCAAGGUAUCUGAAAUUACUGUCAGUCACCCACAAUCAAAGGGAUCAGAUAGUACUAAUAUUCAUAAUGUCAAACUUGUUGGAGGUCAAAGAGGAAUAGAUACUGAAUUAAGAGAUGGCAAGAUUGGAGCAUCAGCAAUAACAGUAGGCAAUGUUACCUCAGGUUAUUCCUCAGUCCCAGGCAAGAUUCCAGUUGCAGGUGUGGAUGCCACCCCUAUGGGAUUAAAGUUCAAAGGUGAACUAAAUCCCAACCUGCCAAGCACAAGGCAUAUAAUACAAGCAUCUGGAAUACAGACUGAAUUCCCAGGCCAUGAAACUGAUGAAACUCUGAGAGGCAGAGAACAGUCAAUGGUCAAAUUACCUGACAUUUCUGGGCCUAGUAUCUCCAUGUCAGAUGUGGAUUCAAAUACACAAGGUCUUAAACUCAAAGGUACCAAAUCAAACAUGUCAAGCAUUUCUGGACCAGAGAUCUCCUUGUCAGGUGUGGAUGUCAAUUGGAAAGGUCCUUCACUCAAAGGUGAUGUUGACCUGUCAGCUCCAAAGAUAAAAGGUCAAAAAGGGGAGAGUCCAAGUAUAGAUAUACACCUCCCAAAGGCAAAUAUUGAUUUGAAAGCACCUCAUGACAUUAAAGGGCCAGAGGUUGAUCUGAAAGGUCCAAAACUGGAAGGUGAUUUAGGUGUGUCAGCUCCAAAAUUAAAGGGAGAAAUAAACACACCUAAAAUUGACAUCCAAGGAUCCAAUGUUGAUAUUCAAGACACCAAGGGUGGAUUUGGAAUGCCGAUAAUCAAAAUGCCAAAGGUUGAGGGUCCAGAUGUUGGUAUACACCUCCCUAAAGCAAAUAUUAAUUUGAAAGGAGAUGAUAUUGACAUUAACACGCAAGAUGUUGAAAUUGAAGGACCAGAUGCCAAACUGAAAGGAACCAAAUUUAACAUGCCAAACAUUUCCGGACCAAAAAUCUCAAGGCCAAAUAUGGAUUUCAAUCUGAAAGGUCCCAAACUCAAAGGUGACGUGGAUGUAUCAUGUCCAAAGAUUGAAGGAGACAUAGAAGCACCUGAUUUUGACAUCAAAGGACCACAGGUUGAUAUUAAAGGUCCCAAAGGUGGACUUGAGAUGCCAAAAAUCAAAAUGCCAUCAUUAGGCCUCAAAAGUUCAAAAGUGGAUUGUCCAGAUGUUGAUAUAAACCUUCCCAAAGCAGACAUUGAUGUGAAAGCACCCGAUAUUGACAUCAAAGGACCAAAACUUGACCUUGAAGGACCAGAUGCCAAACUAAAAGGACACAAAUUCAAAAUGCCAACAAUUUCUGGACCCAAAAUGUCCAUGCCAGACAAGGAAUUCAAUCAGAAAGGUCCCAAACUCAAAGGUGACGUGGAUGUAUCAUGUCCAAAGAUUGAAGGAGACAUAGAAGCACCUGAUUUUGACAUCAAAGGACCACAGGUUGAUAUUAAAGGUCCCAAAGGUCGAUUUGAGAUGCCAAAAAUCAAAAUGCCAUCAUUAGGCCUCAAAGGUUCAAAAGUGGAUUGUCCAGAUGUUGAUAUAAACCUUCCCAAAGCGGACAUUGAUGUGAAAGCACCCAAUAUUGACAUCAAAGGACCAAAACUUGACCUUGAAGGACCAGAUGCCAAACUAAAAGGACACAAAUUCAAAAUGCCAACAAUUUCUGGACACAAAAUGUCCAUGCCAGACGUGGACUUCAAUCUGAAAGGUCCCAAACUCAAAGGUGACGUGGAUGUAUCAUGUCCAAAGAUUGAAGGAGACAUAGAAGCACCUGAUUUUGACAUCAAAGGACCACAGGUUGAUAUUAAAGGUCCCAAAGGUGGAUUCGAGAUGCCAAAAAUCAAAAUGCCAUCAUUUGGCCUCAAAGGUUCAAAAGUGGAUUGUCCAGAUGUUGAUAUAAACCUUCCCAAAGCAGACAUUGAUGUGAAAGCACCCAAUAUUGACAUCAAAGGGCCACAGCUUGAUAUUGAAGGUUCCAAAGGUGGAUUUGAGAUGCCAAAAAUCAAAUUGCCAUCAUUUGGCUUCAGUGAUCCAAAAGUGUCGUGUCCAGAUGUUGAUAUAAACCUUCCCGAAGCAGACAUUGAUGUGAAAGCACCCGAUAUUGACAUCAAAGGACCAAAACUUGACCUUGAAGGACCAGAUGCCAAACUAAGAGGACACAAAUUCAAAAUGCCAACAAUUUCUGGACCCAAAAUGUCCAUGCCAGACGUGGACUUCAAUCUGAAAGGUCCCAAACUCAAAGGUGACGUGGAUGUAUCAUGCCCAAAGAUUGAAGGAGACAUAGAAGCACCUGAUUUUGACAUCAAAGGACCACAGGUUGAUAUUAAAGGUCCCAAAGGUGGAUUCGAGAUGCCAAAAAUCAAAAUGCCAUCAUUUGGCCUCAAAGGUUCAAAAGUGGAAUGUCCAGAUGUUGAUAUAAACCUUCCCAAAGCAGACAUUGAUGUGAAAGCACCCAAUAUUGACAUCAAAGGGCCACAGCUUGAUAUUGAAGGUUCCAAAGGUGGAUUUGAGAUGCCAAAAAUCAAAUUGCCAUCAUUUGGCUUCAGUGAUCCAAAAGUGUCGGGUCCAGAUGUUGAUAUAAACCUUCCCGAAGCAGACAUUGAUGUGAAAGCACCCGAUAUUGACAUCAAAGGACCAAAACUUGACCUUGAAGGACCAGAUGCCAAACUAAAAGGACACAAAUUCAAAAUGCCAACAAUUUCUGGACACAAAAUGUCCAUGCCAGACGUGGACUUCAAUCUGAAAGGUCCCAAACUCAAAGGUGACGUGGAUGUAUCAUGUCCAAAGAUUGAAGGAGACAUAGAAGCACCUGAUUUUGACAUCAAAGGACCACAGGUUGAUAUUAAAGGUCCCAAAGGUCGAUUCGAGAUGCCAAAAAUCAAAAUGCCAUCAUUAGGCCUCAAAGGUUCAAAAGUGGAUUGUCCAGAUGUUGAUAUAAACCUUCCCAAAGCAGACAUUGAUGUGAAAGCACCCGAUAUUGAUAUCAAAGGACCAAAACUUGACCUUGAAGGACCAGAUGCCAAACUAAAAGGACACAAAUUCAAAAUGCCAACAAUUUCUGGACCCAAAAUGUCCAUGCCAGACGUGGACUUCAAUCUGAAAGGUCCCAAACUCAAAGGUGACGUGGAUGUAUCAUGUCCAAAGAUUGAAGGAGACAUAGAAGCACCUGAUUUUGACAUCAAAGGACCACAGGUUGAUAUUAAAGGUCCCAAAGGUGGAUUCGAGAUGCCAAAAAUCAAAAUGCCAUCAUUUGGCCUCAAAGGUUCAAAAGUGGAUUGUCCAGAUGUUGAUAUAAACCUUCCCAAACCAGACAUUGAUGUGAAAGCACCCAAUAUUGACAUCAAAGGGCCACAGCUUGAUAUUGAAGGUUCCAAAGGUGGAUUUGAGAUGCCAAAAAUCAAAAUGCCAUCAUUUGGCUUCAGUGAUCCAAAAGUGUCGGGUCCAGAUGUUGAUAUAAACCUUCCCGAAGCAGACAUUGAUGUGAAAGCACCCGAUGUUGACAUCAAAGGACCAAAACUUGACCUUGAAGGACCAGAUGCCAAACUAAAAGGACACAAAUUCAAAAUGCCAACAAUUUCUGGACCCAAAAUGUCCAUGCCAGACAUGGACGUCAAUCUGAAAGGUCCCAAAUUCAAAGGUGACGUGGAUGUAUCAUGUCCAAAGAUUGAAGGAGACAUAGAAGCACCUGAUUUUGACAUCAAAGGACCACAGCUUGAUAUUAAAGGUCCCAAAGGUGCAUUCGAGAUGCCCAAAAUCAAAAUGCCAUCAUUCGGCCUCAAAGGUUCAAAAGUGGAUUGUCCAGAUGUUGAUAUAAACCUUCCCAAAGCAGACAUUGAUAUGAAAGCACCCAAUAUUGACAUCAAAGGGCCACAGCUUGAUAUUGAAGGUUCCAAAGGUGGAUUUGAGAUGCCAAAAAUCAAAAUGCCAUCAUUUGGCUUCAGUCGUCCAAAAGUGUCGUGUCCAGAUGUUGAUAUAAACCUUCCCAAAGCAGACAUUGAUGUGAAAGCACCCAAUAUUGACAUCAAAGGACCAAAACUUGACCUUGAAGGACCAGAUGCCAAACUAAAAGGACACAAAUUCAAAAUGCCAACAAUUUCCGGACCCAAAAUGUCCAUGCCAGACGUGGACUUCAAUCUGAAAGGUCCCAAACUCAAAGGUGACGUGGAUGUAUCAUGUCCAAAGAUUGAAGGAGACAUAGAAGCACCUGAUUUUGACAUCAAAGGACCACAGGUUGAUAUUAAAGGUUCCAAAGGUGGAUUCGAGAUGCCAAAAAUCAAAAUGCCAUCAUUUGGCCUCAAAGGUUCAAAAGUGGAUUGUCCAGAUGUUGAUAUAAACCUUCCCAAAGCAGACAUUGAUGUGAAAGCGCCCAAUAUUGAUAUCAAAGGGCCACAGCUUGAUAUUGAAGAUCCCAAAGCUGGAUUUGAGCUGCCAAAAAUCAAAAUGCCAUCAUUUGGCCUCAAAGGUUCAAAAGUGGAUUGUCCAGAUGUUGAUAUAAACCUUCCCAAAGCAGACAUUGAUGUGAAAGCACCCGAUAUUGAUAUCAAAGGGCCAGAUUUUGACAUUGAAGGACCAGAUGCCAAACUAAAAGGACACAAAUUCAAAAUGCCAACAAUUUCUGGACCCAAAAUGUCCAUGCCAGACGUGGACUUCAAUCUGAAAGGUCCCAAACUCAAAGGUGACGUGGAUGUAUCAUGUCCAAAGAUAGAGGGAGACAUAGAAGCACCUGAUUUUGACAUCAAAGGGCCACAGCUUGAUAUUGAAGGACCAGAUGCCAAACUAAAAGGACACAAAUUCAAAAUGCCAACAAUUUCUGGACCCAAAAUGUCCAUGCCAGACGUGGACUUCAACCUGAAAGGUCCCAAACUCAAAGGUGACGUGGAUGUAUCAUGUCCAAAGAUUGAAGGAGACAUAGAAGCACCUGAUUUUGACAUCAAAGGACCACAGGUUGAUAUUAAAGGUCCCAAAGGUGGAUUCGAGAUGCCAAAAAUAAAAAUGCCAUCAUUUGGCCUCAAAGGUUCAAAAGUGGAAUGUCCAGAUGUUGAUAUAAACCUUCCCAAAGCAGAAAUUGAUGUGAAAGCACCCGGUGUUGACAUCAAAGGACCAAAACUUGACCUUGAAGGACCAGAUGCCAAACUAAAAGGACACAAAUUCAAAAUGCCAACAAUUUCUGGACCGAAAAUGUCCAUGCCAGACGUGGACUUCAAUCUGAAAGGUCCCAAACUCAAAGGUGAUGUGGAUGUAUCAUGUCCAAAGAUUGAAGGAGACAUAGAAGCACCUGAUUUUGACAUCAAAGGGCCACAGCUUGAUAUUGAAGGUUCCAAAGGUGGAUUUGAGAUGCCAAAAAUCAAAAUGCCAUCAUUUGGCUUCAGUCGUCCAAAAGUGUCGUGUCCAGAUGUUGACAUAAACCUUCCCGAAGCAGACAUUGAUGUGAAAGCACCUGAUAUUGAUAUCAAAGGACCAAAACUUGACUUUGAAGGACCAGAUGCCAAACUAAAAGGACACAAAUUCAAAAUGCCAACAAUUUCUGGACCCAAAAUGUCCAUGCCAGACGUGGACUUCAAUCUGAAAGGUCCCAAACUCAAAGGUGACGUGGAUGUAUCAUGUCCAAAGAUUGAAGGAGACAUAGAAGCACCUGAUUUUGACAUCAAAGGACCACAGGUUGAUAUUAAAGGUUCCAAAGGUGGAUUUGAGAUGCCAAAAAUCAAAAUGCCAUCAUUUGGCCUCAAAGGUUCAAAAGUGGAUUGUCCAGAUGUUGAUAUAAACCUUCCCGAAGCAGACAUUGAUGUGAAAGCACCCGAUAUUGAUAUCAAAGGACCAAAACUUGACCUUGAAGGACCAGAUGCCAAACUAAAAGGACACAAAUUCAAAAUGCCAACAAUUUCUGGACCCAAAAUGUCCAUGCCAGAUGUGGACUUCAAUCUGAAAGGUCCCAAACUCAAAGGUGAUGUGGAUGUAUCAUGUCCAAAGAUUGAAGGAGACAUAGAAGCACCUGAUUUUGACAUCAAAGGGCCACAGCUUGAUAUUGAAGGUUCCAAAGGUGGAUUUGAGAUGCCAAAAAUCAAAAUGCCAUCAUUUGGCUUCAGUCGUCCAAAAGUGUCGUGUCCAGAUGUUGAUAUAAACCUUCCCGAAGCAGACAUUGAUGUGAAAGCACCCGAUAUUGAUAUCAAAGGACCAAAACUUGACCUUGAAGGACCAGAUGCCAAACUAAAAGGACACAAAUUCAAAAUGCCAACAAUUUCUGGACCCAAAAUGUCCAUGCCAGAUGUGGAUUUCCAUCUGAAAGGUCCCAAACUCAAAGGUGACGUGGAUGUAUCAUGUCCAAAGAUUGAAGGAGACAUAGAAGGACCUGAUUUUGACAUCAAAGGACCACAGGUUGAUAUUAAAGGUCCCAAAGGUGGAUUUGACGUGCCAAAAAUCAAAAUGCCAUCAUUUGGCCUCAAAGGUUCAAAAGUGGAUUGUCCAGAUGUUGAUAUAAACCUUCCCGAAGCAGACAUUGAUGUGAAAGCACCCGAUAUUGACAUCAAAGGACCAAAACUUGACCUUGAAGGACCAGAUGCCAAACUAAAAGGACACAAAUUCAAAAUGCCAACAAUUUCUGGACCCAAAAUGUCCAUGCCAGACGUGGACUUCAAUCUGAAAGGUCCCAAACUCAAAGGUGACGUGGAUGUAUCAUGUCCAAAGAUUGAAGGAGACAUAGAAGCACCUGAUUUUGACAUCAAAGGACCACAGCUUGAUAUUAAAGGUCCCAAAGGUGGAUUCGAGAUGCCAAAAAUCAAAAUGCCAUCAUUUGGCCUCAAAGGUUCAAAAGUGGAAUGUCCAGAUGUUGAUAUAAACCUUCCAAAACCAGACAUUGAUGUGAAAGCACCCGAUAUUGAUAUCAAAGGACCAAAACUUGACCUUGAAGGACCAGAUGCUAAACUAAAAGGACACAAAUUCAAAAUGCCAACAAUUUCUGGACCCAAAAUGUCCAUGCCAGACGUGGACUUCAAUCUGAAAGGUCCCAAACUCAAAGGUGACGUGGAUGUAUCAGCUCCAAAGAUUAAGGGAGACAUAGAAGCACCUGAUUUUGACAUCAAAGGACCACAGCUUGAUAUUGAAGGUCCCAGAAGUGGAUUUGAGAUGCCAAAAUUCAAAAUGCCAUCAUUUGGCCUCAAAGGUUCAAAAGUGGAAUGUCCAGAUGUUGAUAUAAACCUUCCCAAAGCAGACAUUGAUGUGAAAGCACCCAAUAUUGACAUUCAAGGGCCAGAUUUUGACAUUGAAGGACCAGAUGCCAAACUAAAGGGACCCAAAUUUAACCUGCCAAAAAUUUCUGGACCCAAAAUGUCCAUGCCAGACGUGGACUUCAAUCUGAAAAGUCCCAAACUCAAAGGUGACGUGGAUGUAUCAUGUCCAAAGAUGGAGGGAAACAUAAAAACUCCUAAAGUUGACAUCAAAGGUUCAGAUGUUGACAUUGACGUUGCGGAUCUAGACCUUGACUUGGAACUGACCGGAUCAAAAAUAAAGGGAUCGAAAUUCAAAAUGCCAAAAUUUGGAUUCAGAAGCCCAAAGGUUGAAGAACCAGAGAUUGAUGUGAGUUUCCCAAAGACAGAAAUAGAUGUUAAUGCCCCAGAUUUGGAUAUUAAAGCACCUGACAUUGACAUUGAGAGCCCAAGUGGCAAAAUCAAAGGACCGAAAUUCAAAAUGCCAACAAUUUCUGGACCAAACAUUUCUAUGCCAGACAUUGACUUCAAUCUGAGAGGUCCAAAACUCAAAGGUGAUGUAGAUGUGUCAGCUCCAAAGAUAGAGGGAGACAUAAAAACACCUGAUUUUGACAUAAAAGGACCACAGGUUGAUAUUGAAGGUCCCAAUGGUGGAUUCGAGAUGCCAAAAUUCAAAAUGCCAUCAUUUGGCCUCAAAGGUUCAAAAGUGGAAUGUCCAGAGGUUGAUAUAAACCUUCCCAAAGCAGACAUUGAUGUGAAAGCACCCAAUAUUGACAUCAAAGGGCCAGAUUUUGACAUUGAAGGACCAGAUGCCAAACUAAAAGGACACAAAUUCAAAAUGCCAACAAUUUCUGGACCAAACAUUUCUAUGCCAGACAUUGAUUUCAAUCUGAAAGGUCCCAAACUCAAAGGUGACCUGGAUGUAUCAUGUCCAAAGAUUAAGGGAGACAUAGAAGCACCUGAUUUUGACAUCAAAGGACCACAGCUUGAUAUUGAAGGUCCCAGAAGUGGAUUUGAGAUGCCAAAAUUCAAAAUGCCAUCAUUUGGCCUCAAAGGUUCAAAAGUGGAAUGUCCAGAUGUUGAUAUAAACCUUCCCAAAGCGGAAAUUGAUGUGAAAGCACCCGAUAUUGACAUCAAAGGACCAAAACUUGACAUUGAAGGACCAGAUGCCAAACUAAAAGGACACAAAUUCAAAAUGCCAACAAUUUCUGGACCAAACAUUUCUAUGCCAGACAUUGAUUUCAAUCUGAAAGGUCCCAAACUCAAAGGUGACCUGGAUGUAUCAUGUCCAAAGAUUAAGGGAGACAUAGAAGCACCUGAUUUUGACAUCAAAGGACCACAGCUUGAUAUUGAAGGACCAAAACUUGACCUUGAAGGACCAGAUGCCAAACUAAAAGGACACAAAUUCAAAAUGCCAACAAUUUCUGGACCAAACAUUUCUAUGCCAGACAUUGAUUUCAAUCUGAAAGGUCCCAAACUCAAAGGUGACGUGGAUGUAUCAUGUCCAAAGAUUAAGGGAGACAUAGAAGCACCUGAUUUUGACAUCAAAGGACCACAGCUUGAUAUUGAAGGUCCCAGAAGUGGAUUUGAGAUGCCAAAAUUCAAAAUGCCAUCAUUUGGCCUCAAAGGUUCAAAAGUGGAAUGUCCAGAUGUUGAUAUAAACCUUCCCAAAGCAGACAUUGAUGUGAAAGCACCCAAUAUUGACAUCAAAGGGCCAGAUUUUGACAUUGAAGGAUCAGAUGCCAAACUAAAAGGACCCAAAUUUAACCUGCCAAAAAUGUCUAUGCCAGACAUGGAUUUCAAUCUGAAAAGUCCAAAACUCAAAGGUGAUGUAGAUGGGUCAGCUCCAAAGAUAGAGGGAGACAUAAAAACACAUGAUUUUGACAUCAAAGGACCACAGGUUGAUAUUGAAGGUUCCAGAAGUGGAUUUGAGAUGCCAAAAUUCAAAAUGCCAUCAUUUGGCCUCAAAGGUUCAAAAGUGGAAUGUCCAGAUGUUGAUAUAAACCUUCCCAAAGCAGAAAUUGAUGUGAAAGCACCCGAUGUUGACAUCAAAGGACCAAAACUUGACCUUGAAGGACCAGAUGCCAAACUAAAAGGACACAAAUUCAAAAUGCCAACAAUUUCUGGACCCAAAAUGUCCAUGCCAGACGUGGAUUUCAAUCUGAAAGGUCCCAAACUCAAAGGUGACGUGGAUGUAUCAUGUCCAAAGAUUGAAGGAGACAUAGAAGCACCUGAUUUUGACAUCAAAGGACCACAGGUUGAUAUUAAAGGUCCCAAAGGUGGAUUUGAGAUGCCAAAAAUCAAAAUGCCAUCAUUUGGCCUCAAAGGUUCAAAAGUGGAAUGUCCAGAUGUUGAUAUAAACCUUCCCAAAGCAGACAUUGAUGUGAAAGCACCCGAUGUUGACAUCAAAGGACCAAAACUUGACCUUGAAGGACCAGAUGCCAAACUAAAAGGGCACAAAUUCAAAAUGCCAACAAUUUCUGGACCAAACAUUUCUAUGCCAGACAUUGAUUUCAAUCUGAAAGGUCCCAAACUCAAAGGUGACAUGGAUGUAUCAUGUCCAAAGAUUGAAGGAGACAUAGAAGCACCUGAUUUUGACAUCAAAGGACCACAGGUUGAUAUUAAAGGUCCCAAAGGUGGAUUUGAGAUGCCAAAAAUCAAAAUGCCAUCAUUUGGCCUCAAAGGUUCAAAAGUGGAAUGUCCAGAUGUUGAUAUAAACCUUCCCAAAGCAGACAUUGAUGUGAAAGCACCCGAUGUUGACAUCAAAGGACCAAAACUUGACCUUGAAGGACCAGAUGCCAAACUAAAAGGACACAAAUUCAAAAUGCCAACAAUUUCUGGACCAAACAUUUCUAUGCCAGACAUUGAUUUCAAUCUGAAAGGUCCCAAACUCAAAGGUGACGUGGAUGUAUCAUGUCCAAAGAUUAAGGGAGACAUAGAAGCACCUGAUUUUGACAUCAAAGGACCACAGCUUGAUAUUGAAGGUCCCAGAAGUGGAUUUGAGAUGCCAAAAUUCAAAAUGCCAUCAUUUGGCCUCAAAGGUUCAAAAGUGGAAUGUCCAGAUGUUGAUAUAAACCUUCCCAAAGCAGACAUUGAUGUGAAAGCACCGAAUAUUGACAUCAAAGGACCAGAUUUUGACCUUGAAGGACCAGAUGCCAAACUAAAAGGACACAAAUUCAAAAUGCCAACAAUUUCUGGACCAAACAUUUCUAUGCCAGACAUUGAUUUCAAUCUGAAAGGUCCCAAACUCAAAGGUGACGUGGAUGUAUCAUGUCCAAAGAUUAAGGGAGACAUAGAAGCACCUGAUUUUGACAUCAAAGGACCACAGCUUGAUAUUGAAGGUUCCAGAAGUGGAUUUGAGAUGCCAAAAUUCAAAAUGCCAUCAUUUGGCCUCAAAGGUUCAAAAGUGGAAUGUCCAGAUGUUGAUAUAAACCUUCCCAAAGCAGAAAUUGAUGUGAAAGCACCCGAUGUUGACAUCAAAGGACCAAAACUUGACCUUGAAGGACCAGAUGCCAAACUAAAAGGACACAAAUUCAAAAUGCCAACAAUUUCUGGACCAAACAUUUCUAUGCCAGACAUUGAUUUCAAUCUGAAAGGUCCCAAACUCAAAGGUGACGUGGAUGUAUCAUGUCCAAAGAUUAAGGGAGACAUAGAAGCACCUGAUUUUGACAUCAAAGGACCACAGCUUGAUAUUGAAGGUCCCAGAAGUGGAUUUGAGAUGCCAAAAUUCAAAAUGCCAUCAUUUGGCCUCAAAGGUUCAAAAGUGGAAUGUCCAGAUGUUGAUAUAAACCUUCCCAAAGCAGAAAUUGAUGUGAAAGCACCCGAUGUUGACAUCAAAGGACCAAAACUUGACCUUGAAGGACCAGAUGCCAAACUAAAAGGACACAAAUUCAAAAUGCCAACAAUUUCUGGACCAAACAUUUCUAUGCCAGACAUUGAUUUCAAUCUGAAAGGUCCCAAACUCAAAGGUGACGUGGAUGUAUCAUGUCCAAAGAUUAAGGGAGACAUAGAAGCACCUGAUUUUGACAUCAAAGGACCACAGCUUGAUAUUGAAGGUCCCAGAAGUGGAUUUGAGAUGCCAAAAUUCAAAAUGCCAUCAUUUGGCCUCAAAGGUUCAAAAGUGGAAUGUCCAGAUGUUGAUAUAAACCUUCCCAAAGCAGAAAUUGAUGUGAAAGCACCUGAUGUUGACAUCAAAGGACCAAAACUUGACCUUGAAGGACCAGAUGCUAAACUAAAAGGACACAAAUUCAAAAUGCCAACAAUUUCUGGACCCAAAAUGUCCAUGCCAGACGUGGACUUCCAUCUGAAAGGUCCCAAACUCAAAGGUGACGUGGAUGUAUCAUGUCCAAAGAUUAAGGGAGACAUAGAAGCACCUGAUUUUGACAUCAAAGGACCACAGGUUGACAUUGAAGGUCCCAGAAGUGGAUUUGAGAUGCCAAAAUUCAAAAUGCCAUCAUUUGGCCUCAAAGGUUCAAAAGUGGAAUGUCCAGAUGUUGAUAUAAACCUUCCCAAAGCAGACAUUGAUGUGAAAGCACCCAAUAUUGAUAUCAAAGGGCCAGAUUUUGACAUUGAAGGACCAGAUGCCAAACGAAAAGGACACAAAUUCAAAAUGCCAACAAUUUCUGGACCAAACAUUUCUAUGCCAGACAUUGAUUUCAAUCUGAGAGGUCCAAAACUCAAAGGUGAUGUAGAUGUGUCAGCUCCAAAGAUAGAGGGAGACAUAAAAACACCUGAUUUUGACAUCAAAGGACCACAGCUUGAUAUUGAAGGUCCCAGAAGUGGAUUUGAGAUGCCAAAAUUCAAAAUGCCAUCAUUUGGCCUCAAAGGUUCAAAAGUGGAAUGUCCAGAUGUUGAUAUAAACCUUCCCAAAGCAGACAUUGAUGUGAAAGCACCGAAUAUUGACAUCAAAGGGCCAGAUUUUGACCUUGAAGGACCAGAUGCCAAACUAAAAGGACACAAAUUCAAAAUGCCAACAAUUUCUGGACCCAAAAUGUCCAUGCCAGACGUGGACUUCAAUCUGAAAGGUCCCAAACUCAAAGGUGACGUAGAUGUAUCAUGUCCAAAGAUUGAAGGAGACAUAGAAGCACCUGAUUUUGACAUCAAAGGACCACAGGUUGAUAUUAAAGGACCAAAACUUGACCUUGAAGGACCAGAUGCCAAACUAAAAGGACACAAAUUCAAAAUGCCAACAAUUUCUGGACCAAACAUUUCUAUGCCAGACAUUGAUUUCAAUCUGAAAGGUCCCAAACUCAAAGGUGACGUGGAUGUAUCAUGUCCAAAGAUUAAGGGAGACAUAGAAGCACCUGAUUUUGACAUCAAAGGACCACAGCUUGAUAUUGAAGGUCCCAGAAGUGGAUUUGAGAUGCCAAAAUUCAAAAUGCCAUCAUUUGGCCUCAAAGGUUCAAAAGUGGAAUGUCCAGAUGUUGAUAUAAACCUUCCCAAAGCAGACAUUGAUGUGAAAGCACCGAAUAUUGACAUCAAAGGACCAGAUUUUGACCUUGAAGGACCAGAUGCCAAACUAAAAGGACACAAAUUCAAAAUGCCAACAAUUUCUGGACCAAACAUUUCUAUGCCAGACAUUGAUUUCAAUCUGAAAGGUCCCAAACUCAAAGGUGACGUGGAUGUAUCAUGUCCAAAGAUUAAGGGAGACAUAGAAGCACCUGAUUUUGACAUCAAAGGACCACAGCUUGAUAUUGAAGGUUCCAGAAGUGGAUUUGAGAUGCCAAAAUUCAAAAUGCCAUCAUUUGGCCUCAAAGGUUCAAAAGUGGAAUGUCCAGAUGUUGAUAUAAACCUUCCCAAAGCAGAAAUUGAUGUGAAAGCACCCGAUGUUGACAUCAAAGGACCAAAACUUGACCUUGAAGGACCAGAUGCCAAACUAAAAGGACACAAAUUCAAAAUGCCAACAAUUUCUGGACCAAACAUUUCUAUGCCAGACAUUGAUUUCAAUCUGAAAGGUCCCAAACUCAAAGGUGACGUGGAUGUAUCAUGUCCAAAGAUUAAGGGAGACAUAGAAGCACCUGAUUUUGACAUCAAAGGACCACAGGUUGAUAUUGAAGGUCCCAGAAGUGGAUUUGAGAUGCCAAAAUUCAAAAUGCCAUCAUUUGGCCUCAAAGGUUCAAAAGUGGAAUGUCCAGAUGUUGAUAUAAACCUUCCCAAAGCGGAAAUUGAUGUGAAAGCACCCGAUGUUGACAUCAAAGGACCAAAACUUGACCUUGAAGGACCAGAUGCCAAACUAAAAGGACACAAAUUCAAAAUGCCAACAAUUUCUGGACCAAACAUUUCUAUGCCAGACAUUGAUUUCAAUCUGAAAGGUCCCAAACUCAAAGGUGACGUGGAUGUAUCAUGUCCAAAGAUUAAGGGAGACAUAGAAGCACCUGAUUUUGACAUCAAAGGACCACAGCUUGAUAUUGAAGGUCCCAGAAGUGGAUUUGAGAUGCCAAAAUUCAAAAUGCCAUCAUUUGGCCUCAAAGGUUCAAAAGUGGAAUGUCCAGAUGUUGAUAUAAACCUUCCCAAAGCAGAAAUUGAUGUGAAAGCACCUGAUGUUGACAUCAAAGGACCAAAACUUGACCUUGAAGGACCAGAUGCCAAACUAAAAGGACACAAAUUCAAAAUGCCAACAAUUUCUGGACCAAACAUUUCUAUGCCAGACAUUGAUUUCAAUCUGAAAGGUCCCAAACUCAAAGGUGACGUGGAUGUAUCAUGUCCAAAGAUUAAGGGAGACAUAGAAGCACCUGAUUUUGACAUCAAAGGACCACAGCUUGAUAUUGAAGGUCCCAGAAGUGGAUUUGAGAUGCCAAAAUUCAAAAUGCCAUCAUUUGGCCUCAAAGGUUCAAAAGUGGAAUGUCCAGAUGUUGAUAUAAACCUUCCCAAAGCAGAAAUUGAUGUGAAAGCACCCGAUGUUGACAUCAAAGGACCAAAACUUGACCUUGAAGGACCAGAUGCCAAACUAAAAGGACACAAAUUCAAAAUGCCAACAAUUUCUGGACCAAACAUUUCUAUGCCAGACAUUGAUUUCAAUCUGAAAGGUCCUAAACUUAAAGGCGAUGUGGAUUUGUCAACUCCUUACAUGCAAGGCGAACUAAAAGGACCAGAUAUUGGACUAAAAGGAAGAGUGGAUGAAUCUUUGCCUAAAUUGGAGGGAGACAUCAAAAUUUCAAAUGCCAAAACAGCAGUUCCCACCAUGGGGGGUGUGGCUAUUGGUUCUGUAAAAACAGGUGUUUCAUUUCCUAAGUUCAAAGGACCAAAGUUUGGAAUGAAAGCCCCUGACGUUGAGGGGCCUGAAUCAACUGUUAAUACACCAACGCUCAAUGUAGGUGCAAAAGGUUCCAAUACAGACUUUAGUCUCCCAUAUACUGAGGCAAGUCUUGAUGCUCCUGAUAUUAAUAUACAUGUGAAGGGGAAGAAGGGCAAAUUUAAACUCCCUAAAGUUAAAGUAAAGGGGAAGAAACCUGAAGUUGAUGUAGGACCACCAGGAGUAGACUUGGAUCUAGAUGCACCAAGUAUCAAUGUCAAAGGAAAAAAGGGAAAGAAGCCUCUUUUUGGUAAGCUUAAUUUCCCUGAUGUGGAAUUAGAUAUCAAAUCGUCCAAAUUGAAAGGCGAUGGAUCUUUUGCUGGGGGACUGAAAUCACCUGACAUAGAUUUACCAUCUUCAAGCUUCAACACUGCCAUUGAGUCUUCUGGUACUGGCAGUUCAAGCAUUAAACUGGAAAGGCCAGAUGUAAAUCUCAAGACUCCUAAAAUCAAAAUUUCAAAUCCAAACUUAUCUGCUCCUGAUAUUGAUGUAGAUCUAAAUAGACAUGGAGAGGCAAAAAUGUUUAAAGGCCAACAUUUUUAUGUGAAAGGUGGUGCAGAGUUUGACUCUAAUGUUCCUGGUGGCCUUCAUUUCCCAGAAGGUACUGUAACAUUUCCCAAAAUGAAGGUACCAAAAUUUGGUAUUGCUCUGCCUCAGUUGGAAGGGCUUCAAGGUGGAGACAAUUUUGAAUCAGAUCUUGGAGCUAGUGGAAGCAUAAACAUACAGUCUCCAUCUGUUAUCCAAGUCGGUUCACAGAAUACUGAGGUUCCCAAUCCAGAACUUCGGCACAGUGAAGGCAAAAUAAAGGUAAAGAUGCCAAAGUUUUUUGGCAAAUCAAAAGGAAAGGGCAGUAGUGUGGGUGACCUUCGGGGUCCAGAGGUAGACUUAAGUACAAGUGGGAAAGGCGGCAAGGUCUCUAAAGACCUAAGUGCAUUGGAGGGUGAUACUGGGCUUAGUAUGUCAACAAAAGGCAAAUCAGCCUCACUGGAUCUAUUUAAGAAAUCAAGGCACCGAUCUUCUUCUCUGAGUGAUGAGGGAGGGCUUGAAGUUAAUUCUCCCUCUGCUCACUUAGAGGCCGAGGGAGGUGACAUUUCAUUAGACCUAGGAGGAAGCAAGGUCAAAGGAAAGAAAGGCAAGUUGAAGUUUGGCACCUUUGGAGGUUUUGGUUCAAAGUCAAAAGGCUCAUAUGAAGUGACACUUGGUGAGGACAGUGGAGCAGGACUGGAGGGAAGUGCAGGUGUUUCUGUACCUACUAAGAAAACAAGAUUGUCCUCAACUUCGAGCAGUGACAGUGGUUCAAGAGGUGGUUUCAGGUUCCCAAGGCUUGAAUUAUCUGUUUCACCAAAAAAAUGAAUAACUCUGAGGAAAAUUAAAAUUUCCUACCCCCAAAUACCCUCUCCUAACAUAGCUCUUCACAUCAGUCCUUAAAAACCUAAGGAGACAUACCCAGUCAUUAUUGUUGUUAAAUGUGUACGUCCUUUUUCAGUUAAAGACUGGAGUGCAUGAGAUCAUUUAAAAUCCCUCUAAACUGUAAAUAAGAUUAAUUUGUUUUGUAAUAAUAGAUAUUUGUACAUAGUCCAGAUUUAAUAAAUAUAUAUGCAAUCUCACCAAUAUUUCAUCCAUAGUUGAAUACAGGGUUAGUCUUUUUUUUUCCUAUUUCAUUCUAUGAGAUGACUAUUUUGAAUUAAUCGGUGUGGUUUAUUUGUAUCCAGGGGUCAAUUGCACAGAACAGUGAGACUAGUUAUUUUUGAAGGAAAAUGUUGUCUAUACACCCUGACACAUGCAUAAGCAGUUACUGUUUUUAUUGUAUGACAUGUGUUUAUUUUCAUGCUUUGAUACCAUAUAAUCAGUGCAGAAUCCCAUUUCAACUUUGAGCUGGCCUGCAACAAUUGCAAAGACAAUCACUGUUUUGAAACUAUCAUCCCUCUGAAGUGCUGUCCAUAGUUUUCUUUUCAUUUAAGAAUUUUUUACCCAUACAUUUUUCUGCAAUUUAUCAAAAUAUGAUUUUUCUUUUUCUUUUUAUUCAUUUUGUUUCAUAACCCUGUCAUUGAAAUGCUUCACUCUUUCACAAUCAUCCAUAUUGUUACCCUAAUUUUCUGUCACUCUGCCUUUGUACAGAUGCUUUUUGAUAAUGCAAACAAUGUAAUACAAACAAUGUAACAAAUAAACACUCACUUUUUGAUGUCAAUUGUUAUGUACAAAAUAUAUGUUGAUAAAUAUUUGAUGGAAAUAGGGUAUGAUUUUUGGGGUCUAUUCUUUUGAGUACAUUCUUCCAAAUAAAUAUAAUAAAAUGAUUUUUAGAAUUAUAA